CUUGGGGGAGGAGCCUCAGACCCCUCUUGCUGGUGUAAGUCCCAACUGGCCUGAUAAGGCCUUCAGGUUGUCUGGGCUACUACAGAGGGCAGGAAGCUGGGCUGGAGCAGCUAGGGUGCUUGAGGCAAAGAAGAAGGGGCUGCGUAGGUCCCCAUGGAUACAGCCAGGCCUGCCCUUGAGCUACUGCUCCUUCCUCCUGAUAGCCUUCUGUCCCCCAGGUCCAUGUCUCAGUUAUGCUCCCCACUGACGUGCCCUUAGCCUACCUGGGCUCCUCAGUGCUGCUGCUGCUGCUGCAGCUGCUGCCCCCCACAUCUGCCUUCUUCCCCAACAUCUGGAGCCUCCUGGCUGCCCCUGGCUCCAUCACCCAUCAGGAUCUGACAGAGGAGGCAGCUCUCAAUGUCACUCUGCAGCUCUUCCUGGAGCAGCCGCCCCCAGGUCGGCCCCCUCUUCAUCUUGAGGACUUCCUGGGCCGCACCCUCCUCGCUGAUGACCUCUUUGCCUCCUACUUUGGACCUGGGUCCCCUUCCCGGCGGUUCCGAGCAGCUUUAGGCGAGGUAUCUCGUGCCAAUGCAGCCCAGGACUUCCUGCCGACUUCCAGGAACGACCCUGAUCUGCACUUUGAUGCCGAGCGGCUGGGCCAGGGGCGCACACGCCUGGUGGGUGCUCUGCGGGAGACCCUGGUGGCUGCAAGAGCCCUUGAUCAUACCCUGGCCCGCCGGCACCUUGGGGCAGCCCUCCAUGCCUUGCAGGAUUUCUACAGUCACAGCAACUGGGUGGAACUGGGGCAGCAGCAGCCACACCCUCACCUCCUCUGGCCAAGGCAAGAGCUUGGGAGCCUGGCGCAAGAGGGAGACCCCACCUGCUCUGAUUGUGAGGAACUGAGCUGUCCUGGAAAUUUACUGGGUGUCACACUCCUCACCUCUGGCUACUUUGGAACUCAUCCUUCCAAGCCUCUAGGAAAAUGUAGCCAUGGGGGCCGUUUUGACCAGAGCAGCUCCCAGCCACCACGGGGAGGCAUCAACAAGGACAGCACAGCCCCAGGAUUCUCCCCCCACCACAUGCUCCACCUCCAGGCUGCAAAACUGGCCCUUCUGGCCUCCAUCCAGGCCUUCAGCCUCCUGCGAAGCCGCCUGGGAGACAGGGGUUUCUCCAGGCUGCUGGACAUCACCCCAGCCUCCAGCCUGAGCUUUGUCCUGGACACCACGGGCAGCAUGGGCGAGGAGAUCAACGCUGCCAAAAUCCAGGCUCGCCACAUUGUGGAGCAACGACGGGGCAGCCCCAUGGAGCCCAUCCACUAUGUCCUGGUGCCUUUCCAUGAUCCAGGGUUUGGCCCUGUCUUUACAACCAGUGACCCUGACAGCUUCUGGCAACAGCUCAAUGAGAUCCAUGCCUUGGGGGGUGGAGAUGAGCCUGAGAUGUGCCUGUCAGCCCUGGAGCUGGCCCUGCUGCACACACCUCCGCUCUCAGACAUCUUUGUCUUCACUGAUGCCUCCCCCAAGGAUGCCUUUCUCACCAGCCGAGUAGAAGCCCUGACUCAGGAGCGACGCUGCAGAGUAACAUUCCUGGUGACAGAAGACCCAUCGAGGGGUCAGGGCCGAGGUCGGCGCGAGGUCUUGUCCCCUCUGCGUUUUGAGCCAUAUGAAGUGGUGGCCCUGGCCUCUGGUGGAGAGGUGAUCUUCACCAAAGAUCAGUACAUUCAGGAUGUGGCAGCUGUUGUCGGGGACAGCAUGGCUGACCAGGUGACCCUUCCCCUGGAACCUCCGGAUGUGGUGCCUGAGAGGCCACUUGUGUUCAAUGUGGAUGGGCUGCUCCAGAGGGUCUCAGUCCGGAUCCAUGGGGAGGUCAGCAGCUUCUGGAUCAGGAGCCCUGCAGGGAUCUCCCAGGGCCCGGAGGAAGGCCAGGGGUCUCUAGGUCACACUCGCCGCUUUGGGCAGUUCUGGAUGGUGAGCAUAAAUGACCCCCCACAGACAGGGACCUGGGAGAUCCAGGUCACAGCUGAGAGCAACCCCCGGGUGAGAGUACAAGCUCAGACCUCCCUGGACUUCCUCUUCCACUUUGGGAUCCCCAUGGAGGAUGGCCCCCACCCUGGCCUCUACCCCCUGACUCAGCCAGUUGCAGGUCUCCAGACCCAGCUGCUGGUAGAAGUGACAGGGCUGGGCCCCAGAGGCAGCCCUGAAGAUUCUCUGCCUCAUUUCUCCCACGUCAUCCUUCGAGGGGUCCCAGAGGGUGCCAAGCUAGGCCAGGUGCCUUUGGAGCCCAGGGGAGCCCAGGAGCGAGGUCUCUUUGUGGCCUCGCUUCCGCCCACUCUUCUGUCCACCGUGGGGCCCUUCUCUCUGGAGCUGAUUGGCCAGGACGGAGGGGGACGGGACCUGCACCGGGCCUCCCCCCAGCCCUGCACUGUGGUCCCUGUCCUUCUGGAGGUGAGAUGUUGGGGAAGGUGCAGCUGGAGCUCUGGAGAGCUGGGGCGGCUCCUCCCGACACGCCCUCCUCUGCAGCUCAGUGGCCCUCAGGGAUUCCUGGCACCGGGCAGCAAGGCCCCACUCACCCUUCACGUUGCCAGUUUCUCCAGCCCUCAGGAUCUCAAUCUUAGGACAUCUGUCAACUCCAGCUUCUCUCUCACCUCCAACCUCUCCAGGGUUCGGCUGGAACAGAAUGAGUCUGCCUGGGGGCGCCUGUGGCUGGAGGUCCCAGAGUCAGCCGCCUCUAACUCCGUAGUGAUGGUGACUGUGACUGCAUUGGGUCGAGAAGCCGGCCUAGUGCCCCCGACACAUGCCUUCCUCCGGCUCUUGGUGCUGGCCCCAGCCCCACAGGACCAGCUCGCUGCCCCUGCCCACUCGUCUGGCCCUGUCUUCACCUCGGUCAGCCCUACCCUUCGUCCCUCCCCUUUGGUGACUUGGGGCAGGGCUGGGGGAGGGCUGGCAGGCAACCCCUGGUGGGGCACAGUCGGAGGGGUGCUGCUCCUCCUAGGCCUGGCCUCCUGGUGACAACAGCUCCUAGAAGGAUGGAUCUCCAGUGCUAUUUU